UCAAGAUACAGCUCUCCGUCGCUGUCUUUCUCGAAGCUGAGGACCUUGAUGGAUGAGGCGGCGGAUGGGCCGUCCUGCCUUGACGCCACCGCUGCUGCUGCCGAGGUUCCGCCCUCGCCCUGCCCCUCCUCCCUCCUCCCCCUCGUGGCCUUCCUGGCCGACCGCAUUGCCCUCGAGGAUCGCCACCCAAAUCCCACGACACCAGUAGCUGGCCUCCCAGCACGCGUAGAUGACGUGCAGGUGGGUGAGGUUGGCGGCCCGCUGGCCCCACCGGUAUGCCACCUCCAGCGGCAGCCGCUCCCACAGUCGACGCACGCCGCCCUUGUCUGACCCGUCGAUGGUCAGGUGGGUGUACUGCUGGGCCGCCCAGCCGACGAGGGUCUUGCCGAUCGUGGGGGCGACGCGGGCCAGCUCCCAUGGCUGGUAGAAGCCGAACACACCCGCCAGCUCAUCGCGGGAGAGGCGAAAACGGGCCUGAACACACAUUCCAGUGCACAGAUGUGCUUGAGUUGCACGUGUGCUCCUCUCACCGGUCCAUUGUUUGGCGGCGGUCUCCCCGAUUUGCAGACCAGGCGAAACGACAGCACCUUCCCCUCUACCACACUACUCUGCACCGGCCAGCAACACACGCACAACACACAAAUGCCACACACCGCCUUGCACUCAUUCCUCUUCAGUCCUCCAUACCUCGGCAUUGGGAGCCGCUUCAGAUGACGCUUCGGCCGCAGCAGGGGCGACAGCGGAGGACGCAGCGAUGUCAUUCGGUGGCUGAUGGGGGAAUGACGCCGCUGCUCUGGUGAGGGCAUCCAUCGUCCCACGCACAGAGGACUCGGCAACUGAGGCGUGAGUCGAUGCAGCCGAGAGCGACAGAAGCGUCGCCAACACGUCCGCAGGACCAUUGCCGUCCCGUUGAAACUCGUCGCUGAGCAGCUGGAUCUCCCGCUGCAGUUGCUGAAGGCCCUCGCGCCACACACGAGCGUCGGCGCACAACUGUGCAAACCACACACCAUAACGCCGAUAUUUUAGAGCUGUUUGCCCUCGCCGGUCAUCUUCCGCCCCGUUGGUGCCCUCUCACCUUGCUAAUCAU